AUGACGACUCAGAACAGAACUACGAAAGCCAGCUCGCCAGAUGGACGUGAGCGCAUAGUGAUCAUAGGGACGGGAUGGGCAGGCUACAACGUCUCCCAAAAGUUGGACGACAAGAAGUUCAACAUUACGGUCAUUAGUCCGGAAGACACGAGUCCAUACACGCCUCUGCUGGCAAGCGCAGCAUGCGGGCUUUUCGACUUCUCGCUCGCUGAGGAGCCAAUUCGACAUAAGAGCAAACGGAUCACGUAUUACAAAGGGCUGGUCGAGCGAAUUGACUUCAACCUGAGUGUGUGCAAAUGUCAUUCAACUUGCGAUACGGAUGGGGUUACCGAGAACAAGGACUGCAUCACGAAUACAUUCCACACGCCAGGAGCUGGCGAACAUGCGUUCUUUGUUCGAAAUGUCAAUGACGCGAAGAGGGUUCAGUAUCGGCUUAAACAGCUCCUGGAAAUGGCGUCUCUUCCUGGAGUCAGCGAAGAACACCAGCGCGAGCUGUUGCACAUCGUUGUGGUUGGCGGCGGUCCGACCGGCGUCAAGAUCUCUGCCGAAAUGUCAGACCUCUUGAACGAAGACAUGACGAAGCUGUAUCCUCACCUCAAGGGGAAAAUGUCCAUUUCCAUCCACGACGCCGCGCCGUUCAUCUUGGGAGCUUUCGAAGAUGCUCUUCGCCAACAUUCUAUCCGGAGCUUCUCCAAACGGGGGGUCACGGUGUACACAGACUCUAAGAUCAAGAAAGUCGAGGCCGACAGCAUUACGACCGAAGCCGAGGGCCGCAUUGGCUGCGGGAUGGUUUUGUGGACCGCUGGAAACAAGCAGUGCGCCCUGGUCGAUCAAUUGGAUGUGUGCAACACGGACAAGUUGCCUCGCAUCGUGACGGAUCAGUAUCUGCAUGUCCUCAACAAGAACAAGGAACCCUUGAGGAACAUCUACGCUCUGGGCGACGCCGCAGACAUCAAGAAGUACUUCUUGCCUACGACGGCUGAAGUAGCCGUGCAAAAGGCCGAAUACCUCGCGGACACCCUCAAUAAGGGGACAGACGGCCAGAAGCUCUUCGAGUACUCCCAAAAGCCUCUCGUCGCUUACAUUGGCGGCCACGAUGGUGUUGUUCAUGGAAGGCCUGACUGGUCCGGUCCAAGAGCUUGGGCGGCUUGGAGGAGCAAGAAUCUCUUGUGGACGAGGAGCUGGAGACGUAAGUUCAUGAUCAUGAUCUAUUGGGGUUUGGACUGGCUGGGCGGCAAAGAAAUUGCGAGAUUAUAG